UUGCGUCAGAGUGACAGAUGACAUAACACCACACCUAACCUCAAAUUAAGCAGUUCGAGUUUUAUUUACGUAAAAAUGGCAGGGUUAAUACUCCAGCGUAGUUUAUUCCGAAAAAUCUUGCCUACGAUCAACCGGAGGUUGGUCUCGACGUCGAAGAAAACGAACGAGACCGCCGUAGCCGACGCGGUCAAAACCGAGAAAGUCGAGCACAAAAACUGGGUGUCUUACGGCUUUGAUGCAAAGGGCAAAGAGAGCGAUAGGACGGCAAUGCACUCGAUUAUGUUCGCUUCUGUUACGCUUUGUCUGGUCUGUGGGGGCUAUUUCAUGAUGUACGCGCCAGACUACAACCUGAAGGAUUGGUCCCAAAGAGAGGCUUUCCUGGAGCUGCGCAGGAGGGAGAAGAUGGGGCUGCCGCUGGUCGACCCCAAUUUAAUAGACCCCGCCAAGAUACAACUGCCAUCAGACGAGGAAUUAGGAGAUACCGAAAUAAUUAUCUAAGCGAUUUUAGACAAGUUCAAGUAAGGGCAAGAUUCAACUUGUAAAUAUUUAUACUUAAGUUAAAUAAAAAGUACAAAAA